AUGGUCCGGCCGGUACCGGAAAUGCCAGAUUCUCCUCUAUCCGAUUCUCCAGCCCCUCUGUCUAUCUCAUCGUGGAUCAACAAAGUCGAAGGUAACACUGUUAAACCGUUGUCCCUUUUUGAGGAGAACCAACCAGAACCUCUCACCCACGCCGCUCACAACAGUUCCCUAGGAGCACCCAGGAAUCUGGAACAGGCUUUACCAGACCCUAAUAUCCAUACAACCGAAGACAGUUUUCCUGGAGCACCCACAAAUAUCGACCCGCAGUCAUCGGAACAUGUUACGGCCAAAAACCCUCCUCAAAGACAAGGAACCUUGCAGUCAGUAGUCGCGAAACGGCCCGGUCGAGGUCGAAAAGCCGCAAAUAGUGGCCCUACGAUAGUGGCAGACACCGAGACGGAUACACUUAAGGAGCAAAGGGGGACGAAGAGGCCGAGAACUGGGGAUGCUGUGUCUUCGCCAGAAGGCACACAAGUUGCGCAGAAGAGGAGGAAACUUGCCAACCGUGCAACCAAUUCGAAGAGCAUAAUAUUCAAAAUGACACAUGAAUUCGCAAACUCCAAUAUCGGGUCCGUGUCAGAAGGCCCAAUGUUGAGAUCGAUAGGCCCCCAUGAAGAACCGCUCGCCCCUACUCUUGGAGUAGGCACUGUGAGUCGUCUGGAAGGACCACGCGGGUCCUCUUUGUAUGAGACGCAUCAUCUGACAAGGAAAGGUCCAAUUCAGACUUGCUGUACUUCAGCCGGUGCACGUGAAAGCCCUGCACUUCUAAAGCGGGGGAACAGAUCCACCACCAUUACGAACCUCGAAUCGAGACGACAGAGUCGCUUUCAAGUUUUCAGAAAGCGGAAAUGGGACAUAGUUGCUUGUGUGCAGGUGAAGUCUCAGCGACCAAGAUGGAAGAAGAUCUGA